AUGCGUCUGACCCUCGGUCAGAAACGCGAGGUGGUCGACCUCGCAGCAAGCAAGAAAUUCACGCACCGCGAGUUGGCUGAGAAGUUUCGUGUGGGGCGCACUACGAUCACCAAUAUCUGCAGACAGGAAGACCUUAUCCGCACGGAGACGGACUCGGCUGACGCUACAAAGAAGAAGAGGAAGACGACAAAAUGCACUUACGAUCUGCGAGUGCUGGAUGAGUGUCUGCACAAGUGGAGAAUGGAGGUGAAGGUUUCUAGCCCUGAUACUAAGCUCACAGGCACCGUAUUGCAGCAUAAGGCCAUGGAAUUGGCCUGUAAGAUCGUUCAAGAGCCCUAUGCGGCGUUGCCAGACAAGGUGAAGCAGGCACUACAGAAGUUUACAGGCUCUAAUGGAUGGCUGGACGGAUACAGGACCAGAUUCGGCUCAUUCAGCAGCAAACAGCUCCCUGGUGGAGGAAGAUCAGAAUGGUGGAUCUGGGAGAUAUUGUGGGAGCGGAAAGUGACCAACACUGGCAGGUAUACAGUCUCGCUAUUCGUGAGUGCUGCUGGAGAGAAGCACGAUCUGCAAGUCAUUGGUACGGACCGAAGCCCUUUGCUUUUGGCAGGUAUCGACACCAAGGAGACUUAUAAUAUCCAGUACGGAUACUCCAAGACUGGCUGGCAGGUGGCACAGACGACCGUCAGCAUGCUCAAGUCGUUGAAUGCACUUGCUAAGGAGCGUAAACGCACGCUGCUAUGA